CUCACGUGCUCAAGGGAAGCGAGUUAUAUUGCCUUCUACAUUCACCGGAGGGGCACGAUAUAUGAUCCAGAAUUAUCAAGACGCCAUGGCGAUAUGUCGUUGGGCUGGAUAUCCGGAUUUGUUCAUAACGUUUACUUGCAAUCCCAAAUGGUCUGAAAUUAGCCGCUUUCUUGAAGAAAGGAGACUCAAACCAGAAGACCGGGCUGAUAUUAUUUGCCGAAUUUUCAAAGUCAAGUUGGACAGAUUGAUCAAAGAUCUUCGAGAUAAUAAAAUAUUUGGUCGUGUUAAAGCAGUCAUAUACACCAUAGAGUUUCAGAAAAGAGGUCUGCCACACGCUCAUAUAUUGCUGUUCAUAGCUAGAGAUGACCCAUCUCCGUUUGCAAAUGACAUCGACCGUAUCAUUUCAGCUGAAAUUCCAGAUAAACAUGUGGAUCCUGUUUAUUAUGAUGCGGUAGCCGAUUUAAUGAUGCACGGACCGUGUGGACCAUCUAGGCCAAAUUCUCCGUGUAUGUCAAAUGGUCGUUGCACUAAACAUUUUCCAAAGAAAUUUAAUGAGGAGAUGACGAUUGAUGAUGAAGGGUACCCG